AUGCCGGGAGAUGGAGGAGAGGAGAUUGAGCAGGCGGCUAAGCACCAGAUUAAACUCUGGGGUCCAGUGCUGUUUCCUGACUGGGCCUACAAACCGGCCUGGUCUCCCGGGUCCAGGCAGGUCCAGCUGUGGCACUUCCUGCUGGAGCUGUUGGGCCGCGGCGAGGGCGGCGCCAUCGGCUGGGGAGGGGAAUGGGGAGAGUUUGUGAUCCGGGACCCCGAGAGGCUGGCCAGGCUGUGGGGGGAGAGGAAGGGCAAGCCGCACAUGAACUACGACAAGCUCAGCAGGGCGCUCAGAUACUACUACAACAAACGCAUCCUGCACAAGACCAAAGGGAAGCGAUUCACCUACAAGUUCAACUUCAGCAAACUCAUCCUGGUCAACUAUCCGGGAUACCCGCCUCCACUCAGCCACCAGCUGCUCCACAGUGCCCCUCUUCCCUUCCCUCUCCUUCCUGCUGAGAGUAGCCUCUCUCUUUGUGGAGGGGCGGGGUCGGUGAUGGACAGAGGAGUCCAGUCUCUGCCUCGCCCCUUCAUGCUGCCGUGCUGCCUUCCCAAACCUCUCUCCGUGCCUCAGGGCCUCCAUGGCUCCUUCCCUUUCAUCCCUGCUCCUGCACGUCCAGGGCUCGGCCUGGGUGAGCCGAGGGAGUCAGGUCUAAAUGCUAAUGCCUGGCUGCACAAGAGCCCCGCAGGGUGGGAUGUGAACCACCACAGCGGUCGGAGCCUGUUUGCAGGAGAGACGCAGACCGAGAAUCAAGACAGAGAGAAGAGGAUGAGGAAAGAUGUACAGUGA